AUGUACUCCUUGUUCAUGCUCCUUUGGGCUUCGGCUGCCGACGCGGACGCACUACGGGGUGCUAUGGAUAACGGGUUGCUCUAUAAACUGCUGUUGCCGAACGCUCCAGUGGCAUUCGUGGGCGUGAUGAUCUCUUCGCUGUCUCAAAGCAUGCAGUGCCUGGUAGGGCCUG